GGGUAGUUUGUCCCUGUUUUACUACCGUAGUUACUUUCCCCGUUCAGGAAGAGAGGAGCAAUAGAAAGGGGGGAAAAGACGACGGGAAGAGAGAGUGUUUGUGUUUUCUUGCGCAGAAGAGACGUCAUAACCCAACCGCGGGGAGCAGGACGAACAGGACCGUACCAAAACACAACCAGAAAGUUACCGUUCACGGUCCACCGCUUCCCGUUUCUUGCCCCCUCUGUGCGUACAACCGGGAGGCGACGCUCAUCGCUGGACGGAACGAAAGUUUGUGAGGCGGGCGGAAUAUUCGACAUCAUCGAUUUUUUUUUCUCGGUUUUUUUGGGAGACACGGACGACGUUCCCGGUUGAUACAUUUUAUACCGACUCCUUAAAACCACAGGUCAACCUCGAUAGCAAAAAUGCCCCAGAAAUGGAGCUAGAAAUCCCGUUUUAGGUGUGUGCGUGGGUAGCUUAACCGCGAAUGUUCGGCAGAGUCUCAGAGGCUGAUGCAGAUACAUCCAGCGCCAAGGGGUUUUCAUUAGUAUCUUUAAUUUAUCGCGUAGUGCUACAGUUCAGGGACUGCGCCGUUUAGGUAUUGAACGGACAAGGUUUGCGGCUGAAAAUUAACGCUUUUAUUCCUUAGUGGGCUCGGCUCGUCGCGGCUGUAUGUUCGUGAGGCGCAGAUCCGCGCCAGUGCCGACAUGAGCAGUAGACGACCUACCGUCGGAUCUCCGACCCAGCGCGCCUGGGGCGGCUCUUCGAGAUAGUGUUGCAAUGCAAUCGGGGGAUUACCGACGCUGCUAACGUUAGCUAGCCGGUGGACCGCGUACGAGCGUACCUGGCCUUGAAAAAACUCAUUAUUGUUUUUCGAGAUUGUAUAAUAGCCACGUCGUGUGCAGCAUUUUGCCUCAGACUGCCCCCGGUUAACCAGACACUUAGCUCGGUUCGUGAGCGUAUAACGUAAAUAUCUGUCAAACGAAAUGGGACCUCUCAAGUUUUUCUGAGCCGUCUGUCAUUUUUGCUCCGCAUAAGACUGCCGUCGCAGUUUGCGCUUUGGAAUAAAUCUUUUUCGUUUGCCUGGGUGUUUUUACGAACUUGGCUCGAGGAUGACCGAAAACGCACCUACGCGAAGUCUGGACGACAUCGACCUGGCGGCGCUGCGGGACCCAGCCGGCAUCUUUGAGCUUGUGGAGGUUGUGGGUAACGGCACCUAUGGACAGGUGUACAAGGGGCGGCAUGUCAAAACGGGCCAGCUGGCGGCCAUUAAGGUGAUGGAUGUCACCGAGGAAGAGGAGGAGGAGAUCAAGGCCGAGAUCAACAUGCUGAAGAAGUACAGCCACCACCGCAACAUCGCCACAUACUACGGCGCCUUCGUCAAGAAGAGCCCUCCCGGACACGACGACCAGCUCUGGCUGGUGAUGGAGUUCUGUGGAGCUGGUUCAGUCACAGACCUGGUGAAGAACACUAAAGGAAACUCACUUAAGGAGGACUGGAUCGCUUAUAUCUGCCGAGAGAUCCUAAGAGGCCUGUCUCAUCUCCAUGCACAUAAGGUCAUCCACAGAGACAUCAAAGGCCAAAAUGUUCUGCUCACUGAGAACGCGGAGGUCAAACUUGUGGAUUUUGGGGUGAGUGCUCAGCUGGACCGCACUGUGGGUAGGAGGAACACCUUCAUUGGCACACCUUAUUGGAUGGCACCUGAGGUCAUCGCCUGUGAUGAAAACCCAGACUCCACCUACGACUACAGGAGUGACAUCUGGUCUCUGGGAAUCACCGCCAUAGAGAUGGCAGAGGGUGCACCCCCACUAUGUGACAUGCACCCAAUGAGAGCCCUCUUCCUGAUCCCGCGGAACCCUCCUCCGAAACUCAAGUCUAAGAAAUGGUCAAAGAAGUUCAUUGACUUCAUCGAGGGCUGCCUGGUGAAGACAUACCAGAGCCGUCCAUCGACGGAGCAGCUGCUGAAACACUCGUUCAUACGAGACCAGCCCACGGAGAGGCAGGUGCGCAUCCAGCUGAAGGACCACAUUGACCGCACGCGCAAGAAACGUGGUGAGAAGGAGGAGACGGAGUAUGAAUACAGCGGCAGUGAUGAAGAAGAUGAGAGCCGAGGGGAUGAGAGGGAGUCCAGCAGCUCCAUCCUGAACGUGCCGGGUGAGUCCACCCUGCGCAGGGACUUCUUGCGACUGCAGCAGGAGAACAAAGAGCGCUCGGAGGCGCUGAAGCGCCAACAGGCCCAGCUGGCGGCCCAGCGCCGUGACCCCGAGGAGCACAAGCGGCAGCUGCUGCACGACCGCCAGAAACGCAUCGAGGAGCAGAAGGAGCAGCGGCGCAGGCUGGAGGAGCAACAGAGGAAGGAGCGUGAGAUGGUGAGGCAGCAGCAGGAGAAGGCUCCACACCGUCGCCUCGACGAUAUGAGGCGAGAGGAGGACCGGAGGAUGGCCGAGAGAGAGCAGGAGUUUAUAAGGCAUAAGUUGGAAGAGGAGCAGAGACAGUUAGAAAUCCUUCAGCAGCAGCUGUUGCAGGAGCAGGCCUUGCUCAUGGAGUAUAAGCGUAAGCAGCUGGAGGAGCAGAGACAGUCAGAGCGUCUGCAGCGACAACUCCAGCAGGAGCACGCUUACCUCGUGUCCCUACAACAGCAGCAGCAGCAGCAGCAGCAGCAGGAUAAGAAGCCCCUCUACCACUACAGCAAGAACCUGGACAAUAACAAGCCGGCCUGGGCCAGAGAGGUAGAGGAGCGCAGUAAGCUGAACAGGCAGGGCUCUCCCAAAAUCUGUACCACUGUCUCCGACACCAACAUCCAAUCACGCUCCGACUCGAUCAGCCAAUCAGGAGCUGUCCAGGCUGCACAGACUCCGCCCAUGCAGAGACCUGUCGAACCACAGGGUGGCCAGGGCAAGUUCCAGAUGGCGCACCUGGUGCCGCUGAAGCCGUACGCCGCGCCCGUCCCCCGCUCCCAGUCCCUCUGUGACCAGCCCACUAAGACCAUGUCCGCCUUCCCCACCCAGGACCCCUCCCCCACCCCCACACCCCGCCCCCUACACUCCCGCGAGCUCGUCCGGCAGAACUCCGACCCCACCUCCGAGAGCCCCGCCCCUCAACAGCGCCCAAUGAGGGAUGACCACGGACCCUGGAUCCGCCUCCCGGAGAUUGAGCAGCCUCCAAAAAUUCCUCAGAGAACAGCGUCUAUAGCUACAGCUCUUAACACUAACCUGUCGUCUGGCAUCAGACAUCCCGUACGAGCCAGUAAUCCAGAUCUGAGCCGCAAUGACCGUUGGGAAAGAGGAGACAGCAUGAAUCUUAUGUCCAACCUGCCUCAGACCGGCUCACUAGAGAGACACCGCAUCCUCAGCUCCUCCAAAAUGGACACUUCUCCGAUUCUCUCUCACGAUGGACGUCACAAACCCGGAGAAUCCCGCACCUCCUCCAGACCUAGCAGACCGGCGAGCUAUAAGAGAGCAAUAGGAGAGGACCAUGGCCUGUACCCGAAGGAGAGGGUGGAGGAACAGCCCCGGCCACCGGUGAAGGCCAACGACUAUUCCUCAUCCUCAGAGAGCAGCGAGAGCAGUGAGGAGAGUGAGUGUGGUGAAGGCGCGGAGGAGGAGAGCCCCAGUGACCGGUGCGCGCACAUACCCCGAGACGCAGAUUCCGACUCCAUCAACACCAUGGUGGUACAUGAGGAAGAGGAUGGUGAAGGGGGGGAAGAAGAUCGGGCCGGAGGAUACGGAGACCAGACCAUGCUGGUCCAGAGGACCCCCGAGAAGCGUAACCAUAACGGCUACACUAAUCUACCUGACGUGGUUCAGCCGUCUCACUCCCCUACUGACUCUGCCUCCCACUCCUCCCCUGGGAAAGACUCCACCUUUGACUAUCAGUCAAGGGGAAUGGUCAAAGCAUCUGGGAAAACCUCCUUCACCACGUUUGUGGACCUUGGAAUGUACCAACCAUCCGGGGGGACAGGGGAGAACAUGUCUGUGGGAGGUCUGGGUUCGCGGUUUGACCAGCUGAAGCUGGAGGUGAGGAAGGGAUCCAUGGUUAACGUGAACCCCACAAACACUCGACCUGUGAGUGACACCCCCGAGAUCCGCAAGUACAAGAAGAGGUUCAAUUCGGAGAUCCUCUGCGCUGCACUCUGGGGCGUGAACUUGCUAGUAGGAACAGAGAACGGGCUGAAGCUGCUGGACCGCAGUGGUCAGGGGAAGGUCUACCCACUGAUCAACUCCCGCAGGUUCCAGCAGAUGGAUGUGCUCGAGGGUCUAAAUCUGCUCAUCACCAUAUCAGGGAAGAAGAAUAAGGUGAGAGUGUAUUACCUGGCCUGGCUGAGGAAUAAGAUCCUCCAUAAUGACCCGGAGGUGGAGAAGAAGCAAGGCUGGACCACUGUAGGGGAGAUGGAGGGCUGCGUGCACUACAAAGUGGUGAAAUACGAGCGUAUUAAGUUUCUGGUGAUCGCUCUGAAGAACGCAGUAGAAGUCUAUGCGUGGGCCCCGAAACCUUACCACAAGUUCAUGGCCUUCAAGUCAUUCACUGACCUGCCUCAUAAGCCUCAGCUGGUUGACCUGACGGUGGAGGAAGGUCAGAGGUUAAAGGUCAUCUACGGCUCGAGCGCCGGGUUCCAUGCCAUCGACGUCGAUUCCGGGAACAAUUAUGACAUCUACAUUCCGGUCCAUAUACAAUCUCAGGUGAUGCCGCACGCGAUCGUUUUCUUGCCCAGUUCGGAUGGCAUGGAAAUGUUGCUGUGUUACGAGGAUGAAGGCGUCUACGUCAACACGUAUGGACGCAUCAUCAAAGACGUGGUCCUGCAGUGGGGAGAGAUGCCAACCUCUGUUGCCCAUAUCUGUUCAAACCAGAUCAUGGGCUGGGGAGAGAAGGCCAUUGAGAUCCGCUCGGUGGAGACAGGCCACCUGGAUGGGGUCUUCAUGCAUAAGAGAGCUCAGAGACUCAAGUUCCUCUGUGAGAGGAAUGACAAGGUGUUCUUUGCCUCCGUGCGCUCUGGAGGGAGCAGUCAAGUCUACUUCAUGACCCUGAACAGAAACUGCAUUAUGAACUGGUGAUGGAGCAGCCACACCAUCAGCACUCGCUCACUCAGUUUGCUGUCACUCUCUCUCUCGGUCUCUCUCACACACACACACACACACACACACACACACUCGCACACACUCACUAGAUACAUAGCCCAUGUGCUUUUAUACACUUCCUCACUCACCUGCACUCCUGUGUGCUGUGUGCACUCACACACACACACACACACAUACACACAUACAAAGAUCAGAGUAUCCAUAUCCUGAGUGAUGUUUUCCUCUACUCCCAACUCUGAGCCUGUUGUACAGAGCCUGUGUGUGUGUGUGUGUGUGUGUGUGUGUGCGCACGUGCACCCUUGCUAUCUGAGCUGUAGCGAAGCUUACUUUCCACUUCAGACAGAGCGGCAUCCUCUUCAUCGCUUAACCUUCAUCGCAGGAUUCCAACUCGUCUGCUCUCUGCUCAAGACGGAGCCUUAUUUCAACAUUCCAAAUGUAUGACAAGACAAGGGUGGAAAAUAAGCAGAAGCAGAGCUGUGUGUGUCCAGGGGGGUGAUCCAUGUGUGUGAGAGAGCCUGCAGCAGCUGCACAAAACGGCAGAAAAAAACUUGACCUUAUUGCAGUGGUCGUUGCACCCCCUGUGGUCUGGAGUGGUACUGCAGCAUCUGUAAUUUUCCAUUCUCCUACAUACUGUAUAGUGCAGUAGCCUGGUUGUUUACAUUUACAGGUUGCAAAAAUCAGUUAUUUUACUCUUUUUCAUUCGAAUGAGCAGAUCGGAGUAUAGUUCGAAGAAAUCUCACUAUCAGUUUCCAUAUAUUUUAUUUUUUUUUGCUGGUUCACUUUUAUUACGUUCACUCUCUGCUGUACAGAUAAGAACCGGACAGACAUCGCCGAGAAGAUGCCGGACUGUUCCGCAGUUCUCUAGCUCACCAUAGUGACUGCUUACAAAACCAGAACCUAGCACUGCGCUUUUCAAUUGUAGAACACAGAAAUGUAACCACUAUUAAGCUCCUGUGCAACCUAGCGCUCCAGAACCACGUUCAUGUCCUCCCCCUUUCUCUGUCAGAAGUUCCAGUAUAUCUUGGGCAGUUUGAUAUUCUCUGUAUGUAUAGGUAUUUGCUAUUAUUCCUACUUUAAUAAUCUGUAUCUGGCUGUUCUAUUGCAGUGUGUGAUGUGUCUGUGCUGUGUUCUUGUUUGAAGCUCCACUAAGAGAGGAGCUCCCUUAACCAGCAGGGCCGCUGGCUCAGGGAGAUGAGCUGACAUUUAUUUUUUGAAUUUUUUUUGUCGUUUGCUUACUUUUCAUUUUUAGUUUGGCAGCAGAAAUGUUUAGUUCACUUGUGAGUAUUUGCCAUAUUCAAAUGAACCCUUUGCGACAAGCUUUGUAAGACCGGUACGUUUGGGGCGUGUUUAGAGUCAAACACUCACAACAAGCUCACAACUGCGCUAUGCAUUUCUGGUGUCAAAAUGGCUCCCUGCUUUGAGAUUCAGCCUUAUGGGAAAUGUAGUUUCUUAGAUUUUGGAGGCAUCACUCUGCAGUGUAUCAGGGAUGUAGUGCGCCGUUUGGCUGGAUCGCUCAUUUCUCUUUUAAACCCCUCUUUGGAUAUAGUUUUAUUAGUUAAAAGAUGUUCUGUAUGGGAGUGUGUAUGUUUGUACUAUUGGGGUUUUUUUUUAGACCUUUUACUUGCUUUUUGUGCAUGUGUGAGAGUGUAGGCGUGUGAGGUGGUACUGUAACCUACAGUGUGGUCCAAAGCAAUAGCAGAAUGGCGAUGGAGCCUGGGUGGGCUCUGCACUCGUGUGUGUGUGUGUGUGUGUGUGUGUGUGUGUGUGUGUGUGUGUGUGUGUGUGUGUGUGAGAUACUGUCAGACCUGAAAUCAUCUGAAUUACAUAUACCCCCAUUUCUUUUGCUAGCAGUCUACUGUGGAUCGCAACUGACAAUAA